AAAUAUAUUCCAGAAUUGGACAAACCUGCAAAGAUUGUAUCUUGGUGGCAAUAUGUUAGAGGGAACAAUACCAGAUGAGCUAUGUCAGCUGAGGAACUUGGGUGAAUUGUUUCUGCCUGGUAAUAGAUUUUCUGGACCAAUACCAAGAUGCUUUGACAAUCUUACUUCCCUUAGAAUUCUGUUGCUAAACUCUAACAAUUUGUCUUCAACAAUACCCUCCACCCUUUGGAAUCUUAAAGACCUCUUGGUUUUGAAUCUUUCUUCAAAUUCAUUAACUGGCUCUGUAGCUCCAGAGUCGGGGAAUUUGAAGGUCUUAACACAAAUAGACCUGUCCAAGAAUCAGUUAGUUGGUGACAUCCCAGCCAAAGUUGGUGAUCUCAAAGACUUAACCAGUCUUUCUCUGGCACACAAUAAUUUGCAAGGUUCUAUUCCUGAAUCCUUGAGCAAUCUUCUGAGUAUAGAAUUCUUAGAUCUAUCCAGCAAUAAUCUCUCUGGAGUCAUUCCCAAGUCCUUGGAGAGGCUUUCCUUUCUCAAAUAUUUGAAUGUGUCUUUUAAUAAACUGGGAGGAGAAAUCCCUAAUGGGGGACCUUUUGGAAACUUUGCAGCUACAUCAUUUAUGAACAAUUAUGCACUUUGCGGUUCACCUCGACUGCUAGUCCCUCCUUGCAAUUCCAGCAGCUCCAGACGAUCCAAGACAACCGCUAUGCAUGUAUUGAGAUAUGUUCUUCCAACAAUCUCUUCAAUAAUAUUGAUAGCAGCCCUGUUUAUUGUCUUCAAAAGAUAUCGAAAUAAGAAAACAAAUCUGCCAGUGAAUCUUCCAGUGACAGAAGAUCAUUCAUUACCUUUGGCAACAUGGAGAAGAAUAUCGUACUACGAACUUUUACAAGCAACAGAUAGAUUUAGUGAAUCCAACUUAAUUGGUUCAGGGAGUUUUGGCACUGUGUAUAGGGGGACACUUCAAGAUGAGACGACUGUUGCCAUAAAAGUCUUCAAUUUGCAGUUAGAGGGAGCAUUUAGAAGCUUUGAUGUUGAAUGUGAAGUAAUGCGCAAUAUUCGCCAUCGAAAUCUUGUGAAGAUCAUAAGCAGUUGUUGUAAUAUUGACUUCAAAGCCUUGGUGCUGGAAUUCAUGCCAAAUGGAAGCCUUGAAAAAUGGUUGUAUUCUCCGGAGUGUUUUCUUGACAUCACACAGAGGUUAAACAUAAUGAUCGAAGUCGCAUCAGCACUAGAAUAUCUCCAUUGUGGAAAUCCAACACGUGUGAUCCACUGUGACUUAAAGCCAAGUAAUGUCUUGCUUGACAAAGACAUGGUUGCUCGUGUGUGCGAUUUUGGCAUAGCCAAACUUUUGGGAGAAGGGAUUUCUGUGACACAAACCAUGACACUUGCUACUAUAGGCUACAUGGCACCAGGUGAUGUUUCGAAUAUUCUAAUUAAUUCAUUAUUUCAAAAAUAAUAAUGUCAGGAAUGGUCAUUAAACU